CAAUGCCAUUUUUUCCUUUUUCCAAUUCAAAAAUCUCUACUUCCUUAAGGCUUUCACCACAAACUCAUAUACUGUAGCCAAAAGACAACACCAAUAUAAAACAUACACUUUUUUCCCCUUUUUAUUUUCUUUUCCAUUCUUUUUGCGUGUUGGCCACCCACUGAACACAUUUGCACUCACAAAUAGAAACAGAGAGGCCUUAGGCCACUGGUUGGUUUCAGAGAUGAACAGCAUGCACAUAGAAACCCCAGAAACUUUUGCCGAUGCUGGCAAAAACUUCGACGAAGAUGGACGAACUAAAAGAACUGGGACAUGGGUGACUGCUAGUGCCCACAUCAUAACAGCUGUGAUUGGCUCUGGAGUUCUGUCUCUUGCAUGGGCAAUUGCUCAGAUGGGUUGGGUGGCUGGUCCUGCAGUGUUGUUUGCCUUCUCUUUUAUCACAUACUUCACUUCCACUCUUCUUUCUGAUUGUUACCGUUCACCUGAUCCUGUUCAUGGCAAGCGAAACUACACGUAUUCUGAGGUUGUCAAAGCUAACUUAGGAGGCAGAAAAUUUCAGCUGUGUGGAUUGGCUCAGUAUAUAAAUCUGGUUGGUGUAACCAUUGGCUACACUAUAACUGCAUCAAUUAGUAUGGUGGCGGUGAAGAGGUCGAACUGUUUUCACAAACAUGGUCAUCAAGACAAGUGCAACAUAAACAACUACCCCUUCAUGAUCGUUUUUGCCUGCAUUCAAAUUGUUCUAAGUCAAAUACCAAACUUCCAUAAACUCUCUUGGCUCUCCAUCGUUGCAGCUGUUAUGUCUUUUGCUUAUUCUUCUAUUGGCCUUGGACUCUCCCUAGCCAAAGUUGCAGGUGGGGGACACGUGCGGACAUCCUUAACAGGGGUACAAGUUGGGGUGGAUGUUUCUGGAACAGAAAAGAUUUGGAGAAUGUUUCAAGCUAUUGGUGACAUUGCCUUUGCCUAUGCUUUUUCAAAUGUGCUCAUUGAAAUCCAGGACACCUUAAAAUCAAGCCCACCAGAAAACAAGGUCAUGAAGAGAGCAAGUUUGAUUGGCAUCAUGACAACAACGUUAUUUUAUGUGUUGUGUGGGUGCUUAGGCUAUGCUGCUUUUGGGAAUGAUGCACCAGGAAAUUUCCUAACAGGGUUUGGCUUCUACGAGCCAUUUUGGCUAAUAGACUUUGCCAAUGUCUGCAUAGCAGUCCAUUUAGUUGGAGCAUAUCAGGUCUUUGUCCAACCCAUAUUUGGGUUUGUGGAGAAAUGGAGCAAGGAAAAAUGGUCAGAAAGCCAAUUUAUAAAUGGUGAACAUGCUUUGAACGUUCCUCUAUGUGGAAGCUACAACGUGAACUUCUUUAGGGUAGUUUGGAGGACUGCAUAUGUGAUUAUCACUGCCGUUGUAGCCAUGAUAUUCCCAUUCUUCAAUGACUUCUUGGGGCUGAUUGGUUCACUCUCCUUUUGGCCAUUGACAGUUUACUUUCCAAUAGAGAUGUACAUUAAGCGUUCCAACAUGCAAAAAUUUUCUUUCACGUGGACUUGGCUCAAGAUAUUGAGUUGGGUAUGCUUGAUCAUUUCUAUUAUCUCAGCUGUGGGUUCCAUCCAAGGCCUUGCUCAUGAUCUCAAGAAAUUCAAGCCCUUCCAAGCUCAGCAAUAGUGCUUUCAUUGUUUUCACUUUAGCCAAAAAGAUCUAUUAUGGGCGGAAAAAAACUUUUAUAUUAUGGUGAUUUUAUAUAGUUUUGUAUGUUGAAGACUCAAACUCGAGACAACUUGUUUAAUUAGAACAACAAUAAUAUUUCGUUUGCAUUGUUGCAUGGUUUU